UCGCCCACGACCUCACUCGAAACAUCGCCCACGAUGUGGUCUCUCCUAGGUCUCGCCGCGCUCCUCGUCGCUCCAAGCAAUGCGCUCUACUUCUACCUGCACGCCGGCGAAGAGAAGUGCUUCAUCGAGGAACUGCCAAAGGACACGCUGGUCGUUGGACAUUACAAAGGACUCCAAUGGAACGUCCAGCAAAACGCCUAUACCUCAAAUCCCCAAGGCCUUCCAACAAUGGGCAUGUACAUCCGCGUCGAAGAAAUCUUCGACCACGACCACCGCGUCGUCUCGCAAACCGGCUCCUCCACCGGAAAAUUCACCUUCACAGCCGCCGACUCGGGCGAACACCGCAUCUGCCUGACGCCGAACAACGUGCCCCAAAAUUCCGGCUGGCUCUUCAGCGGACGGGAAGCCGGCGGCGUCAAACUCGAAUUGCAACUCGCCAUCGGCCAGACCUCCGCCAUCGAGUCGAGUGACAAGAGCAAGUUGAGCGAGGUCGCACAGCGCGCGAAGGAUUUGAAUGCGAGACUGCAGGAUAUUCGCCGGGAGCAGAUGUUCCAGAGGGAGAGGGAGGCGGAGUUUAGGGAUCAGAGUGAGAGUGUGAAUGCGAGGGUGGUGAGGUGGACGAUGAUUCAGUGUGUGGUUUUGGGAGUGACGUGCGCGUGGCAGUUGAGCUAUUUGAGGGCGUUUUUCAUCAAGCAGAAGUUGACGUAG